AUGAUUGAUAAUGAAUCAGAUAAGUCAUCAAACUUGUCAUCUUCAAGCCUUUUGCCAGAGAAACGAAUACUUCAACUUGUACUUGACACUUUACAAAGGAAAGACACCUAUGAAAUAUUUGUUGAACCAGUUGAUCCAAAUGAGGUUGAAGACUAUUAUGCAAUCAUUGAAGAACCUAUGGAUUUUGGCACUAUUAGGGCUAAACUACAUGAGAAGAUGUAUAAAACUUUAGGAGAAUUUGAGCAUGAUGUUUUUCUAAUAUUUGACAAUGCAAUGCGUUUUAAUUCUCUUGGUACCAUAUAUUUUAGGCAGGCUCGUCUUAUAAAUGAGCUAGCUAAGAAAGUUUUUGAUGUAUUAAAGAAGAGUCCUGAGAAGUUUGAAAUGGAAUAUUCUGAAACAAGGCAAAAAAUAAGACGAACUAAUCAAGAAGAUUCUAGGAAUUCAAGAGACUUGAAACCCAAUGAAAUAACCUCAAAAACUACGCCGUGUUCAUCUCGUACAUUAAAUAAAAGAAGUUUUAAGACAACUUAUCUUGAUGCUAAAGAUGUUGAGAUUUCUAUAGGUACUAAAAAGAGUAACAAAAGCAAGUCUUUUGAGAUUGAUAAACGUGACAUGUAUGAACCCUUGUACUUUGUUAAGGAUAAGUCUCUACUUCCAACGAUAAAUGGUGAACUAAAACUUCUUUGA